GAUAAGACACGCAAGAGAGCCGUGUAAAUGAUCUAGCGAUCCGUCAAACAUCAUUGCUUUUGUGCAUGUCCUGUGUUUCAUUGUGAUUUCCUAUCAGGUUUUCCGGACACGUUAUUGUUGCAUCAGGUAGUGGAAAAUGGCAAGCACAGGAGAUAUAGCCUUUGAUUAUGGCUUCUUACUGCGCAUAAGUGAGGAAGCUCGCAGGGUUGAGGCUCUGAAUGAGUACUUGAGCAGUCGCAGUUACCUGGCUGGCUACGGGCCUUCGCAGGCGGAUGCAGAAGCCUUUGCGCUUCUAAGCGGGCCCCCACCUGAGCGGCAUGUCCACGCCCUGCGCUGGUACAAACACAUAGCCGCCCUGAAGCCCCAAACGAAUGACCAGACCCCAGAAUGCAGCACAAAGGGAAAGCGGGUGCAGCCACCAUGGUCUCUGCCAGAAGGCACAGACGUUUCAAAGCUGCGUCUUUACAACAGUCUCACACGGACCAAGGAGGUGUUUGUUCCACAGAAGGGCAACAGGGUUUUGUGGUACUGCUGCGGCCCCACAGUGUAUGAUGCUUCUCACAUGGGUCAUGCCAGGUCCUACAUUUCUUUUGACAUACUGCGGAGAAUACUGAAGGAUUAUUUCAAAUACGAUGUCUUCUACUGUAUGAACAUCACAGAUAUUGAUGACAAAAUCAUCAAAAGAGCCCGACAGAACUACCUGAUGGAGCAGUACAGAGAGAAGAAGCCCAGUCCCUCUCAGAUACUGCAGGAUGUGUUAACGGCACGAACGCCAUUUAAAGCCAAGCUUGCUGAGACUACUGACCCAGAUAAGAAGCAGAUGCUGGAGAGGCUGGAUGCAGCAGUGGAAGCUGCCCUGGGUCCCCUGCAGGUGGCAGUGCAGAGCAACGCUGCAGGCGAUACACUCCAGAAUCAGGCACAGGUCUUAUUGGAAGAGGCUAAGGAUCUCUUGUCAGAUUGGUUAGACUCCCAAUUUGGGAGCCAAGUGACAGAAAACUCAAUCUUUUCUUUGUUGCCAAAGUACUGGGAGGGAGAGUACCACAAAGAUAUGGAAGCCCUGAAUGUCCUCCCUCCUGAUGUUCUCACACGGGUCAGCGAGUACGUGCCAGAGAUUGUGGCAUUUGUCAAAAGAAUUGUGGACAACGGUUAUGGAUACGAGUCAAAUGGAUCAGUAUAUUUUGACACAGCAAAGUUUGAUUCCUGCCCUGCUCACUCUUAUGCCAAACUGGUACCAGAAGCCGUUGGUGAUCAGAAGGCUCUUCAAGAAGGAGAAGGAGACUUGAGUAUCUCAGCAGACAGACUUAGUGAAAAGAGAUCACAGAAUGACUUUGCACUGUGGAAGGCCUCCAAGCCUGGAGAACCAUCUUGGGACUCCCCUUGGGGAAAGGGGAGACCUGGAUGGCAUAUUGAGUGUUCUGCCAUGGCUGGAUCCAUUUUGGGACAGUCUAUGGAUAUCCACGGAGGAGGAUUUGACUUGCGUUUUCCUCAUCAUGACAAUGAAUUGGCGCAAUCUGAGGCAUACUUUGAGAAUGAUCACUGGGUACGAUAUUUCUUACACACGGGUCACCUGACCAUCGCCGGAUGCAAGAUGUCCAAAUCGCUGAAGAACUUUAUUACUAUCAAAGAUGCCCUGGCCAAACAUACGGCAAGACAGCUUCGUUUGGCCUUUCUGAUGCAUUCGUGGAAAGACACAUUGGACUACUCCAACAACACAAUGGAGUCAGCCAUCCAAUAUGAGAGAUUCAUCAAUGAGUUCUUCCUAAAUGUUAAAGAUAUUCUGAGGAGCCCCACAGACAUCACUGGCCAGUUUGAGAAAUGGGAAGCUGAGGAGAUUGAACUAAACAAAAGCUUCUAUGAGAAGAAAACAUCAGUUCAUGAGGCACUGUGUGACAACAUAGACACUCGUUCGGCUCUGGAGGAGAUGCGGGCUCUUGUCGGUCAGAGUAACACCUACAUGGCUGCCAGAAGGAGUGCAAAACUACCGCCUAACCGCAUGCUGCUGCAGAGCAUUGCCCUGUACUUGACCGACAUGCUUAAGACAUUUGGAGCGAUUGAGGGAGCUGAGCCCAUUGGCUUCCCUGUUGGAGGAAACGGACAGGAUUCUGAUCUCGAGAACACAGUCAUGCCCUAUUUGUCAGUGCUGUCGGAUUUCAGGGAAGACGUCAGAAAAAUUGCAAGAGAGAAGAAAGUGACAGAAUUGCUGAGGCUAUGUGACGAAUUGCGUGAUGAUACUUUACCUGAGCUGGGUGUCCGACUGGAGGAUCGUGAUGAACUUCCCACAUCUGUAAAAUUGGUGGACAAAGAAACCCUUCUGAAGGAAAGAGAAGAGAAGAAGAAGAUGGAAGAUGAAAAGAAAAAGAAAAAAGAGGAGGCUGCCAAGAAGAAACAAGAACAAGAGAUGGCAAAGUUGGCAAAAAUGAAGGUUAAACCCAGUGAAAUGUUCCGGUCAGAGACGGACAAGUACUCCAUCUUUGACGAAAUGGGCUUCCCAACGCAUGAUGCUGAGGGAAAGGAGCUCAGUAAGGGACUGACCAAAAAGCUUCGCAAGCUUUACGAGGCACAAGAGAAGCUGAAUAAUGAAUACCUCCAGUCGACCCAGAACGGGAGCUGAGAACAUGUGUUGAGUCUGACGUGAUCUGCCAUCCGCCCUUACUGUCUGUUGUGAACUUGUCUUGUGUAUGCGAAAAGGCAGCAAAACUUAAAGACCUCAUCUGUGAGUUUUGGCUCUUAACUUUGGUAAGGUUUUGCCAAUUCCUUCUGGUCAUGGUUGGAAGGUAAUUGAUUUUUGAUGCUCUGCAAUCAUGACUUUGAGGGGUAUUUUAUGACUAUGAUAUUAAGGGUAUAUUAUGUGCUUUUUGCACACAUAGAACAAAGAUGCAAGUAUAUCAGAACUUUUCUAAUGUGGGUUUGGUGGUUUAUAUGAAGUAUGUAAGAAAUAUUUAGCCGUUAAUGUGGAAAUGGAUCAAGCAAUGUUUUCAUUAUUGAUUUUUAAAAUCUGGCUGGUCAAAGAGGUGUUUUUUUCCGAAACACUGUUUACACAUCAGCUAGUGAUACAUAUGAUUCCUCCAGAAUCAAAAUAUCUCAGAUGAUACAGGAAUGAAGGGACCUCAGGUUUGUUGGUUUACGACAAAUGGAAAAACAGAGGCAUACAUAGGAGCACCAAUUAUUGUUAGUAUUAACAUACUCUUUAUAAGAACAUGAAAUACCAAAAUAAAAAAGGAUUUUGAAUAAUGUCUGAUGCUCGUUUGUCCCUGGUAACUUAUUUCUGCAAAUGUUGCCAUAAAGGCUUGUCUAGAAAAGUUUUGUUCAUACAGUUGUAGUCUAAUACUGUAAGAACAGCUACAGAUAUUAAGUUUACAGUGAUAAAACAUCUGCACAGAGCUUUACAUAAGCCUGGUGAAGGUAUUGAACGGAAUAAUUGUUUCAUGUAUAGCACGGAAUCAAUACGAAUGAACCGAGUCAAUUACUGAGUGAGUGACUCAGAAUGUGACU